UUCUACUUCCCUCUUCAGUCUUUCUUGUCACUUUUUUUUUUCUCUCUCUCAAUUUUGGAUCUUUUUUAUAUAUAAUUUUGUUUGUUUAAUUUUUAUUUUCUGGACAAUCCAAAAGGCUCUGGCGAUCUGCAAUUCUCCAAAACAAAAAAUGUCACUCGACGUCUCAUCUGAACAUGUUUGUUACGUUCACUGCAACUUCUGCAACACCAUUUUAGCGGUUAGUGUUCCAAACACGAGUUUACAGAAUCUGGUGACUGUGAGAUGUGGGUAUUGCUCUAAUUUGUUGUCUGUGAACAUGGGAGCUUUGCUCCAGACACUACCUCCUCAUCAAGAUCUUCAGUUUCAGAAUCAGAGUGUGAACUCUGAAGAUUCAAGUAAGGAUGGUGGAUCUUCUUCCAUUGGCAACAAGGUUUCCACGCCUGACUCUGUAGAGAGUGAACAAUCUCAACUACUUAUGCCUACACGCCCUCCAGAGAAGAGGCAACGAGUUCCAUCGGCAUACAACAGAUUUAUUAAGGAAGAGAUCCAAAGGAUUAAGGCUAGUAAUCCUGACAUUAGCCACAGAGAAGCUUUUAGCACUGCAGCAAAAAAUUGGGCUCAUUUUCCUCAUAUUCACUUUGGGCUAACACUUGAUGGAAACAAGCACAUAAAUAUUGAUGAAGGAUUUGGUGGUAGCGAAGGAACCAAAAAGGCUCAAGGUUUCUAUUGAGAAAUUUUAUCUUGCAAGUACUAGUGUUUUGGUAUAAUUAAUAUCUCUACUAAACUUUGAUAACUUGGACUAUAAAGUGUCCUAAUCUCAUGGGUAGGAAAUGCUGAACCUCCCAAGCUUUUUAUUAAUUAAUUACUUGCAUCAUCAUAAUUCUUGUUUAAU